CCAGAAAGAUGGAGCCAAAGCAGCACACUUGACAAAAAUCACCAUGUUUCCAUCAUUGACUGACCCCCCUGAGACCCCCUGACCUCCUCUCUUUCCGCCACGCUCCCCACCCAUCAAUCACUUUCUAAUAUCAUUUGCACUCCCCACAUCCGAUUCCCUAUAUCAAUCUCUAAUUUCAAGCAGCCCAGCUGAGCAAAACAGAGGAGAAAAAAAAAAACUGCUAACAUCAACGACGCUCUGCUUUUGCCAUGGAGGAGAGGCCGGAGACAGAGCUCAUAUCGAUUCCAGCGACCCCACGAGUUUCUACGCCGGAGAUUCUGACGCCGACGGGACAGCGCUCUCCAAGGCCACCUUCUAAGGAGGCAAAGUCCUCGACGGCGUGGACUCCGACGUCGUUUAUAUCGCCGAGGUUUUUGAGCCCCAUUGGGACUCCCAUGAAAAGGGUGCUGAUUAAUAUGAAGGGUUACUUGGAGGAGGUGGGUCAUCUCACCAAGCUUAACCCUCAGGAUGCUUGGCUUCCGAUUACCGAGUCCCGUAAUGGCAAUGCUCAUUACGCUGCGUUUCAUAACCUCAACGCUGGGAUUGGCUUCCAAGCUCUGCUUUUGCCCGUCGCCUUCGCCUUCCUCGGCUGGAGCUGGGGAAUACUGACACUAACAAUAGCCUAUUGCUGGCAACUUUAUACUCUUUGGAUUCUGGUUCAGCUUCAUGAAGCAGUGCCAGGCAAAAGGUACAACAGAUAUGUGGAGCUUGCUGAAGCAGCCUUUGGGGAAAGAUUGGGAGUAUGGCUGGCUGUGUUUCCUACUGUCUACCUAUCAGCAGGAACUGCAACGGCAUUGAUUCUUAUUGGAGGAGAGACAAUGAAACUCUUCUUCCAAAUAGUAUGUGGGCCGCUCUGUUCUUCAAAUCCUUUAACAACUGUUGAGUGGUACCUUGUAUUUACAUCACUCUGUAUUGUUCUUUCUCAACUCCCAAACCUCAAUUCAAUUGCUGGACUUUCCCUUAUUGGAGCUGUGACUGCCAUCACUUACUCCACCAUGGUUUGGGUCCUCUCUGUUAGCCAGCAAAGGCCUCCGACGAUCUCAUACGAACCCCUUUCGAUGCCUUCGCCUUCUUCUUCUGUCUUCUCUGUCAUGAAUGCACUCGGAAUCGUAGCCUUUGCUUUCAGAGGCCAUAACUUGGUUUUGGAAAUUCAAGCAACAAUGCCUUCAACUUUUAAGCAUCCUGCUCAUGUUCCCAUGUGGAGAGGAGCCAAAGUUGGCUAUUUUUUCAUUGCAGCUUGCUUGUUUCCUGUUGCUAUUGGAGGAUUUUGGGCAUAUGGGAACCUUAUGCCUUCAGGAGGGAUGCUCAAUGCCUUAUAUGCAUUUCACAGCCAUGACAUUCCCAGAGGGCUUCUUGCCAUUACUUUCCUUCUAGUGGUGUUCAAUUGUUUGAGCAGUUUCCAGAUAUACUCGAUGCCCGUUUUUGACAGCUUCGAAGCUAGCUACACAAGUCGAACAAACCGUCCUUGUUCCAUCUGGGUUCGCUCUGGCUUCCGUGUGUUCUAUGGAUUUGUCAACUUCUUCAUUGGAGUAGCACUUCCUUUCCUCUCUAGUUUGGCUGGUCUGCUAGGAGGACUCACUCUUCCAGUCACAUUUGCUUACCCUUGCUUCAUGUGGGUACUCAUUAAAAAGCCUACAAAGUUCAGUUUCAAUUGGUACUUCCACUGGACAUUGGGCUGGCUGGGCAUUGCUUUUAGCUUGGCCUUUUCAAUUGGAGGCAUAUGGAGUUUGGUGAACAGUGGACUUAAGUUGAAGUUCUUCAAACCCAGUUGAUCAACAAACAUCAUCAGAGAAGAGCAACUUUGAGUUCAGUGUACUAUUUCAUGUUAUGUGGUCGAAAUAAUCUAUCGAUCCGAUAUUUUCGUGAAUAUAGUUUGAAAGUUUGUAAAAUUUUCAGAAUCACCAUGAAAAUCUUCGAGCUAAAAGUUGAACUCUUUA